CUUCUCACCUCCAGGUGAGAGCGGGAGGCUCCGACAGAGCUCUGGGAAAUGCGGGCAGCUCGUUGUCGGGAAGGAGGUAGUGAAUGGGGCUGUGGGCCGCGGGGCUGGCUGUAACGUCCUCCUUUGCCCCUGCAGAUAUGCCCUGUGUGCAAGCGCAGUAUAGCCCUUCGCCGCCUGGUUCGAGUUAUGCAGCUCAGACCUACGCGUAUGGCUCGGAGUACAGCUCGGAGAUCAUGAACCCGGACUAUGGCAAGCUGAGCAUGGAGCUGAGCGGCACCGAGAUCACCGCCACUGCCACCACCUCCCUCCCCAGCUUCAGCACCUUCAUGGAGGGUUACUCCGGCAGCUACGAGCUCAAGCCUUCCUGCCUCUACCAAAUGCAAUCCGCCUCCUCCGGCCAGAGGCCCCUCAUCAAGAUGGAAGAUGCCCGGCUCUCCACCUACCAGCCCUCGCUGCCACCCUCGGUGGACGAGAGCAUGCCCAGCACCUCUAUGUACUUCAAGCAGUCGCCUCCCUCCACGCCCACCACGCCCGGCUUCCCCCCGCACCAGAGCCUGUGGGACGAGCCUCCGCUGCCUCCCACACAGACCUGCCUGCCCCCCGGCCACCUGAUGGAGGCCGCCCCCAUGAAGACUGCGCCUCCGCGCUUCCCCCUCUUCCACUUCAAGCACUCUCCUCCCCACACGCCGCCGGCGGGCCCCCACAUGUGCUACGACCCGGCCUCCCUGAGCUUGCCGCUGGGCUCCGACAGAUCACCAGCCGGCCAGGCGCCCAUGGAGAGCCACUCCUACGGGCUGCCCUUGGCCAAGCGGCCGGCCACCUUAGCCUUCUCACCGCUCGGCCUCAAUGCGGCCGCCUCUGGCCUCAUGGGCGAGGCCAGCGGUGGUGGUGGUGGCGGGCUGCCCUCUCCGCCCAGCAGGAGUUCCUCGUCUGGGGAGGGCACGUGCGCCGUCUGCGGGGACAACGCUGCCUGCCAGCACUACGGCGUGCGGACCUGCGAGGGCUGCAAGGGCUUCUUCAAGAGGACGGUUCAGAAAAAUGCAAAAUAUGUUUGUCUGGCAAACAAGAACUGUCCGGUGGACAAGAGACGCCGUAACAGAUGUCAGUACUGCCGCUUUCAGAAGUGUCUCAGCGUCGGCAUGGUGAAAGAAGUUGUCCGCACGGACAGCCUGAAAGGGAGAAGAGGUCGGCUGCCUUCCAAACCAAAGAGCCCCCUGCAGCAGGAACCUUCGCAGCCCUCCCCGCCUUCUCCUCCCAUCAGCAUGAUGAACGCCCUCGUACGAGCUUUAACCGACUCCACGCCCAGGGAGCUCGACUAUUCACGAUACUGUUCCACCGACCAGGCUGCUGCAGGCACAGAUGCAGAACAUGUACAACAGUUCUAUAAUCUUCUGACUGCCUCCAUUGACAUAUCCAGAGGCUGGGCAGAAAAAAUUCCAGGAUUUACUGACCUCCCAAAAGAAGAUCAGACAUUACUCAUAGAAUCAGCUUUUUUGGAGCUGUUUGUACUAAGACUCUCCAUCAGGUCUGAUACUGCUGAGGAUAAGUUUGUAUUCUGCAAUGGACUUGUGCUUCAUAGACUUCAGUGCCUUCGUGGAUUUGGGGAGUGGCUCGACUCUAUUAAAGACUUUUCCUUAAACUUAAAGAGCCUUAACCUUGAUAUCCCAGCCUUAGCAAGUUUAUCAGCUCUAACUAUGAUAACAGAACGACAUGGCUUAAAAGAACCAAAGAAAGUGGAAGAGCUAUGCAACAAGAUCACAAGCAGUUUGAAAGAUCACUUAACUUUCAGUUGCCAAAACAAAGGACAGCCGCUCGAGUCCUCAGAGCCUAAGGUACUGGGUGUUCUUGCUGACUUGCGUUCUCUCUGCACACUGGGACUGCAGCGCAUCUUUUACCUGAAACUGGAAGACUUGGUGCCAGCCCCUUCCAUUAUUGACAGGCUGUUUCUGGACACCUUGCCCUUCUGAGUCCAGCCACCCUCCUGAAAGGCAAAUGCCCACCAGAGCAGGCAAACGGAUCGUGACUUACCGCUAACAUUUCUGCCCUCACUUAACAGAAAAGCAGCUCCAGCUCUAAAAUGAGGUCUUUUCUGGCGCUUUGUCCUUACAACAUGAGGCCUAAAACUUACUGGCUUACUGUUUUGGGGUUGUGUUCUUUGUUUUUCUUUUUUUUUUUUUUUUUUUUUUUUUGAGUAUUUUUUUGUGUGUGUGUGUGUGCGUGACUUGGGUUUUUUAAACGGCUAAUAUGGCACUUUUGGACAAUGCUAUCCCAGCAGCAGUAAAAGGUUAACACGACUGUUUCAAACCUGUUGUUUAACACCUCAUGGGACAUGAGGAAUACAGUGGUAGAAGAUGUGUGUUUGAAAUCAAGAACAGCAAGUAGUUGUUUGCCAGGGUAGUAUGUGUUUCGUGAGGAUACCGUUAGCAUACUUCCUGCAUCAAGGGCACAUACAUCAGCACAAUCGAAACAAAAAUCUCACUUUUUUAACAAAGUACAUUCAAUUGAACAUUUCAUAUAAAUCCAAUAUAGCAAAAUGACGAUGGCUGUUAGCUCCCAUGUUCAAGUGCAAUUUUUUGAAGUGCUGUCUUACUAAGUCUUGUUUAUUAACUAAUUUAUUUUAAUAUGAAAAUAAAAGGAAGAAACCAAGUGAGAAACUGACGUGCACUAACUUACAUGACAGAGUUUUCCAAACUUGACUCCGUGUAGCGUGACUUACUGACAAAUGUCUGUGGGAGACAUGGGAACGACCACGGCUCAGUUGUUCCCUAGACAAGGAAAUGCAAGUAAGUAGUGGCUGGAGCGCACAGGGUCAGCAUCAGGGAUAGUUUGCCUUUAGACUUUAACAGAAGUACCUGGUUAGUAAACAGACGCACGAUGGGUUUCAAGAACAAGCAAGUCUUGUAAAAUAGUAUGAAUGUAAGUGCUAGGAAGGAUAUAGUGAGCUGCGUUUAAACAUUCCGUGUUCGUACUCCUUUUUGUAUGUUUAUACUGUUGAUGCCAUAUUAAUAUGAAAUAAUUUGUUGCAUAGUGUCUUUAUUUGUAUAAACGUUUGUAUGCAUGGUAUAUUGUAUUGGCUUUGCCUGUAUUUAUUGCAAUGACUGCCAGCUCGUAGGAGCCCUGUUACACACGAUAAGGAAAUGGGGUGUUCACACUGACUCAGAUACACCAGUUGGAAAACUAUAUACAUAUAUAUAAUGUGUAUAUAUAUAUAUGUAUAUACCUAUAUUUGUGUGUGUGUGCGUGAGCGUGCGCGUGUCUUUUUAUUAACCAUUUGUAUAUAAAAUAUCUGUCAGAUCACAAGCAGAGCUAUUUUACAGUUCAUUUGCAGUGACUUCUAAGGCAGUACUGUUUAGCACUUUGAUAUUAAAAUCUUGCUCAUGUUUUGCUAAAUUCAAAUAAUAUUUAAAGAUUUUAGUUCUAAAAAAAAACUUUAUAUGCACUGUAUUAAGUCAAAAUUUUGUUGGUCAUUUUGCUAAGGAAAUUUUUGAAUGUCAACCUGAUGUCACUGUAUCUUUUGUUAGCUUUAAACAUUCUAGCUUUUGUCUUUUUUUAAACUAUGCUGUUUAUAUGGAAAUUAAAUUAUACAAUCAAACAGAUGCCAAAUGAAUUGCCUAAUUGCUGCAAAGGAUAACCCAGAUAUCGAGUCACUGUAUGGUUUUCAAAUAGUAAUCUGGUAUUUUAUCACUUACUAUGUUUGGAUGUGCUUUUAUGAAAAAAUUAUUCUUAUAUCAAGAUUUAUAGUAGUGUCAAUAGGGAAACAGACUUCUAAUCACUAUAGUUAAUAUUUCCGGUUUACCUGCAGAUAAUAUUUGGAAAAGUAUUGCUUUUUGUAUUGACUUUUAAGCUUAUGUGCAAACAUAAUAGCAUAAUUAAAUAUCAGAGAAGCUAAUGUUUCUUGUAGGUUGCUGUAACAAGCCUGACCAGCAAGACAAAUAUAUUUUGACUGAACUUGCUUUUGUAUAUACUAGAUAUAUAUAUAUACAUAUAUAUAUAUAUAUACACACAAUCACACACAUGUGCGCAUACAAAAACAUACAGAAGCCGAAUCAGAAAGUAUGUUUACCUUUGUCUCCUUGUGUCAGACACAAGGUCCCUUGGGAAAUCACUUCUGCCUAGGGACAGAGCCUGCCAGGCGCUGAGCAUCAGUGAAGGGGUCCCGGGCGCUCCUUGUGAGCAGGCCCCUCCACUGAGUUUUCAGCACAGUACAGUGACAUUGCUUUUUGUCGGGCGAGGUUUAUUUAUUCAGUGGGAUGUGAAUGGAGGGAGCAGGUCCAGAGCCCCACGUGAGAUUUCAUGUAGCUGGUGUGCUUUAGUCUUCCAUGGAUAGUCUUAACUGUGAUACUCUCCCAUUCCCGUCACCUACCGAACCGUCCUUCAUUUCAACUCCAGUGCACAGACCCAUCGUAGAGUGCAGCCAGUGACAGGUCACGAUGGUGAAAGAAGAAUUAAUGCAGAAUAAAUCUCCUACCUUCCUCACAGCUCUCUCAGUGUGAACAUGCCUUUUUCUAGGCAGAAUUCAGGAAUAUAUCAGGUGUUAAGGGAGAGUGCCUUGCUUUUGUUUCAGACAACAGUGUUUCAAGAGUUUCUUCACUCCGCUAACUGCAGUACUUUCUUCUUUUUCCUUUUUUUUUUCUCCUUUUUGUGGUGUUAACCUGUGGGUUGAAAGAAACGCUCUUGUACAUAUACAAUGUAAAUUAAAAUUAUUAAAUUGAAUAACGUUUU